AUGAGUCUUAGGCAUGAGGACCCGGAAAUCCGGCGGAAAGCGGCGAAUUCUGUGCAGAGUAUGGCUCGACAACGAUUGCUGGCGAUGGUCUCCAAUCAUGCGACCCUCAGGGAGCUGAUUUGUCACUUUCUGCAGUUCGUCCUCGAACACACCAUUGAACAGGUGCGGAAGGACAGCGGUGAAUAUCACACAAUUGAUGCAGUCCAUCUUCAACAUCCUCAAUUGCCGAACGUGUUAUCGUCGUCAUGCAGGAACCGCUACAUCCAGCAGAUCCUCGUGCAUAUCAUCGCCAAGUACUUGAUAAACGAGUACUUCGUCCGUCAGCUGAUGAUCAUUUUGGGCUCGACGUCGUCUUCUCACAAAUCCCUCAUCAUCGACUCGAUCCGAAUGCUCAUCACACGGAAUUUACCACUCAAGGACUUCUUUGUUCGUAGUAAAGGAAUGGAGAAACUGUUGGAGUUCAUGUCGUGUGAGCACGAGGAGAAAGUGCUGAGGUCGAGUGCCACCACCCUGCUCACCCUUAUCUCGACCGAGUCUGCCAAAUAUGGCAUUGAAUUCGUCAGGCUUGAAGGAGUACAAAUCUUGGGCAAUCUUCUGUCGCACGGCUCCACCAUGUUACUGCAUGAAAUCCUUCAUUGUUUAGCAGCUGUGGGAGAUCUGAAGGAGGCUCUUGAAACUCAGGACAUCAGUAGCACCAUCGUGUCAGUACUGCAAUUGAUGGGCGCUCACGAUCCGAUUCUAGUCAAUCACGGCACGGCCUUUCUUCUGAAUGUCUCGGCGAAUAGCGUACGGAACAAG